GUGGUUCUUUAGCCAGUGUUCUCCUUCUCCCUUAAGUGAAGUCUGAAGAAUAUGGAGUUGAAGUACAUAUUAUUCGGCGCUCUACUCUGUCAUGCGACAGUGAUCGCACAGUCCGCUGCUAAUCCUAAAGCCAACGCAAAUACGAAGAAAUUAUUGGCAGCUCUGAGCAAAGUUGGAGACCGGAUGCUCACUGGAGCUUUUGGAGGCUAUAACCUCUUCGUUCAUGAGGUCGGAUUCUCCAUGGAACAAGCUUACGGAAUCCAGAAAUUGACGAACAAGUUACCCGCCAUCUAUGGAAUGGACUGCUCUCCGGGUUGGGAGACCACUGCUGAAGGCCAUGAAACCGACAUCAUCGAUUGCUUUCACCCACAGAUAGUAGAUUACGCCAAAAAGGGCGGCAUCAUUACCAUCAGCCACCACUUUCCUAAUCCCGUGUUUGCAGGAAACAAGGUUGACGGAAAAGGAACACUUACCAAUUCUCAGUACGCCUCGAUUCUCCAGAACGGAACUCCUGCAAGAAACAGAUGGUGGAACAUGAUGGAAAAGAUCGCUAAAGGUCUUCAAGCGUACAAGGAUCAAGGAAUCACCAUCCUGUAUCGUCCCUUCCACGAGAUGAACGGAGACUGGUUCUGGUGGUCAGCUCUGCCCGAUGAAAGCCAAAACGGAGAGAGGCAGCGUCUCUUCAAGCUCCUUUGGCAGGAUCUCUUCAACUUCAUGAAAAACAAAGGCCUGGACAACCUCCUUUGGGUCUACUCUCCCGAUCAAAGCAGAGGCUCCAAAACCGCUUACUACCCGGGCGGUAAUUUCGUCGACAUCGUUGGUUUGGACUGGUACACAGUAGACCCAAACAGUUAUGUUAACGGCUACGAUGAGCUUCUUAGCCUUGGAAAGCCUUUCGCCUUCGCCGAAGUGGGACCAUAUGGUGAGAGUCAGGGACACUUUGAUUUCGGACUAUUCAUCAAAAAUAUUGUAUCUCGAUACCCGAAGGCUGUAUUCUUCAUGCCAUGGAACGGCAUCACUAGUCCCAUCAAGAACAACAACAUUUGGGAAGUUUACAAUAACCCUAAGGUGCUCAACUUGGGGGAGCUGAAAGUGCGUUAAAGUUUUAAUGUCUCCAAUCUUCACUAAUGUAUAAUAAAACCGUUACUUUUUUAAAAUGGCAAAUUAUCAAAUAUCAUCCUUAUCCAUAUGGCUCUUCACUCAUUAUCUUACUUUCCUUUCGCUAAUAUUAUUUUUCAUUUUUUUU